CACUGGCAAUUAUUGAUCUCCCUCCAAAUCAUCCCGUUACUUAUAUAUUUUAAUUUAAAUACACAUAAACUUUCAUUAAUACAAAUUAUUGUCUUUUAAAUCGAAUUUUCUCUCAGAAAUUAUUUUGAGCCAAUCUAUAAGUAAAAUGAAAAAAUUGAAAAUCUAUAUAAAGCACAUGUCAGAACAAAGCAUCAGUUUAGUAAAAGGAAACUUAAACAAUUUAAAGUCGCAAGGAUGCAGAACGUCGAGCUGUACUCAAAAAAUAAUAAUUGCCAAAAAUCAGCAUCAAGAAAAUUUUACAAUUAUUUUGGUGACCUUUUGAAGGCUGAAUUUAAAAAUCAAGAAAUUUCCUUAAUCGAUGUUGGAAGUGGAUGUGGCACAAUCUUGUCGGAAGUGACGGUUGGUGAAAGUGGAUUGAAAUUUGCCAAAAUUUUCGGCGUCGAUAAAAGCGAAAAAAUGGUGAAUUUUGCGAGUGAAACUUACGGAAGUGAUUUGAUGUCUUUUCGUUACAUGGAUGUCAUUGAUAAAAUUCCUGAUGAUUUGAUGAGUGAACAAUUUGACAUGGUCACGUCUUUCUACUGCCUACAUCAUGUUAGGGACCUAAAGAAGGCUUUCGAAACGAUCAACGGUUUGCUGGCUGUUAAUGGACUUUUUGGUUGUGUAUUUUUUACUUGGCAUACAUUUAUUACUGCUUGGGAUGCCUUAACUGAGAAGUAUCCAGUGAUGAGCAACUGGAGGAACCGCUUUACACCACUUUUUGCUGUUGACAAUCCUGACGAAAUUAUUAAAAAUAAUUUAAGUGAAAGUGGAUUUGAAAUUGUUAAAUUUAUUGACGAUAGAAAUGAGUUUUAUAACUUUAGUGUUCCAGAAAAUAUGGCAAAAACUUUAGAUGCAAUUAAUCCAUUCUUCACAUCGAUGUCUGAAGAAGAACAAAAACAAUUUUCCAAGGACCAAAUGAGCAAAAUUUUCGAGCUUCAAAAAAGCGAGUCGCUUGUUGAACCUUUUAGAGUUAUAUACUUUGUCGCAAGAAAAACAAAGACUUGCUGUUAG